AUGGCCGGAGAAGGAGAAGUUAUUGCUUGCCACACCCUCGAAGUCUGGAACGAGAAGAUCAAAGCUGCUAACGAAUCCAAGAAACUGAUCGUGAUAGACUUCACUGCUACAUGGUGCCCACCUUGCCGAUUCAUCGCACCAGUCUUUGUAGACAUGGCUAAAAAGUUCCUCAAUGUUGUCUUCUUCAAGAUCGAUGUAGACGAAUUGCAAUCCGUCGCUAAAGAAUUCAAAGUCGAAGCAAUGCCAACUUUUCUCUUCAUGAAAGAAGGAGAAAUCGUCGAUCGUGUUGUUGGCGCAAGGAAAGAGGAGAUUCAUCAGGCAGUGAUGAAGCAUGGUGGUCUUGUUGCUUCUGCUUGA